AUGGGUCUUACGUGGACACCAAAUCCAGCGCGCAAGAAACAGGAUUUUGCAGCCAUAGACAAGGUCGCUGAAAUGAGUAACUCUCAACUUGCGAUUAUUUUGUUAAUAUUUCGAGACUCACCCUGGGCUCCGCGAAAAGGCUAUCCUCGGUUGCAAAGGCUGUGGGGACAAUGCAACGCUUGCGCCUCGCGGAAACCGUGCGGGUGUUUUAAUUUUUGCGGAAAACUGCGUUCGCGAGCUUGGAGGCCCCAUCGACGUUUGAACCAGCCAGGAUCGAUACCCUGCUAGCUGGCUUGAAGUCCACCGCUUCGGGAACUUUUGAUGCACUUCGAGAGUGUAUCGGAAAGGGUCUCAUCGGCGCUAUUUCUUUAAGCGAAGUCACAGAAGAGCUAUUCCGCGCCAAUGCUGCCAAGUCCUGCCAGUAUGUAUGCUGUUGAGAUCGAGCUAUCGCUUUUCUCGCCCCACACAUUGUCUAACGGGAUUGGGGCCGUUCGUAACGUGCUGGCCCUACCGUAUUGUGCUUCUCAACACUGUGUCUUUGUCUUCUAG